GUGAGAAGCUACGUGUAUUGGGUUACAAUCAGAAUGGUGAAUGGAGUGAAGUACGCUCCAAGAAUGGACAAGGAUGGGUGCCAAGUAACUACAUCACUCCAGUAAACAGCCUGGAGAAGCAUUCCUGGUAUCAUGGACCAGUGUCACGUAGUGCAGCUGAAUAUCUGUUGAGCAGCCUCAUUAAUGGCAGCUUCCUUGUUCGAGAAAGUGAGAGCAGUCCAGGACAGCUGUCAAUCUCGCUCAGGUACGAGGGACGUGUUUACCACUACAGGAUCAAUACCACCACAGAUGGCAAGGAAGAUACUAUGGAGGUAGAAGAGUUCUUGAAAGAAGCUUCUGUCAUGAAGGAAAUCAAGCAUCCAAAUCUAGUACAGUUAUUAGGUGUGUGCACCCUAGAACCCCCCUUUUAUAUUGUAACUGAAUAUAUGCCCUAUGGGAACCUGCUGGACUAUCUACGAGAAUGCAAUCGGGAAGAAGUGACUGCUGUUGUCUUGCUGUAUAUGGCCACCCAGAUAUCUUCUGCCAUGGAAUACCUGGAGAAGAAGAAUUUCAUUCACAGAACCAUAUUGCCAGUAAACACUCAAUUACUUGGGUGCAUAGAAAACAUCUUGACAAGAACUGCAGGAAUUGCCAAGAGUGCACUUGAUCAAUNCACCGUCUUGAUGCAAUUCCUCACGUUGAAGGUGGCCUUCCUGGUGGCCAUCAUCUCCGCCAGGAGGAUUUUGGAAUUGCAGGCCCUGUCAGAGAGGACCUGUACUCAGUCCAAUCAGAGAACGGACAGUGUUAACCCCUACAUGAAUGCUAUCCCCACCUUUUUAGAAAAGGUGUAUCAGUUAAAUAUCAGUAUUUCUCUGGUGAACAGCAAGGCUGUUUCCUCUCCUUUCAGUGUGAAGGAGGCACAAAGUUACUGCAUCACCCCUGAACAGCAGACAUUUCUGUUCUUUUGUCUAGGUUUUAUCAGAAGCACACAGCAAACCAGCGGAUCCCCAGCACUACCUCGUAAACAGAGAGACAAGUCACCGAGUGGCCUGUUGGAAGACACUAGAGAAACUACCUUUACCAGAGACAGAAAAGGUGGUUUCUUUAGCUCCUUUAUGAAAAAGAAAAACGCUCCCACACCUCCCAAACGUAGCAGUUCCUUCCGUGAAAUGGAAAAUCAGGCUCAUAAGAAGUACGAAUUAACGGGUAAUUUUUCCGGAGUUGGUCCAUUGCAGCAUAUUGAUGGAUUUUCAUUUACUCCCUCCCAGCAGGAUGGAAAUCUUUGCUUAUCCAAGUGUUAUAUUGGGAGCUUUGCACAACGGAACUUCUAUGGGGAAGAUGGUGGUGGUGGCGGCGGCAGCGGUAGCAGUGGGGGCACAAGCAUUGGUAGUGGUUGGUCGGGCCUCACGGGCUUCUUUACACCUCGCCUGAUUAAAAAGACAUUUGGCUUACGAGCUGGGAGGCCCACUGGAGGCGAUGAAGCCUCGAAACCUUUCCCCCGAUCAAACUCCACAUCUUCCAUGUCUGCAGGUCUUCCUGAGCAGGAGAGAAUGGCAAUGACUCUUCCCCGAAAUUGCCACCGGUCCAAAGUCCAGCUGGAAAGGACGGUAUCCACUUCCUCCGAGCCCGAGGAGAACACAGACAAGCCCAAUGAUCUUCUCCCUAAAAGGAGCGAAGAGAUUCAUACGCUGACCAGAAGCCGACCAAAAACUAAACUGCUGCCGAGGGGCGCGACAGCUGUUCCUUUCAGGACUCCUUCUGUGGACACAUCUGUUUCGGAGAAGGACGGCCAAGGGCCCACGGCGACAGCGAGCCUGAAAAGCAAAGAGAAAAACAGUGGGAUGCGACAAGGUUCCGUAGAAGGGGAAGACAAACCAGGCUGGCCUUCUCCAGCCAAGGCUGCAGCAAUACUCCCAACCACUCAUAAUCACAAAGUGCCCGUUCUCAUCUCACCUACUCUAAAGCAUACACCAGCUGAGGUGCAGCUCAUCGGCACAGACUCUCAGGGGAAUCGCUUCAAGCUCUUGUCUGAGCAUCAGGGCGCUGCUUCUAGCGACAGGGAUAGACCCAGGCGGAUCAAACCAAAGUGUGCUCCACCCCCUCCUCCGCCACCGCCACCGCAAGCAGUCCUGAGGCUCCUUCACCAGCCUCCGGGUACCUCAGAUACAGUGGAAGAGUUGGAUAACGGAGCAUUGGUACAGCCUGGGCAAGAGAGCGAGGGCAGCAAAAAGGUAACAGCGGCACCUACCGGUGGAAAAGCUGGAAGGCCAAUCAUGCCUCCUCCUCAAGUGCCUUCACCGUUGUCUUCGUCACCUGCUAAAAUGGCCAACGGCACGGCGGGGGCUAAAGUUGCUCUGAGAAAGACCAAACAGACCGCGGAGAGAAUCUCGGCAGACAAGAUCAGCAAAGAGGCGCUUCUGGAAUGCGCAGACCUCCUCUCCAGUGCCAUCGCAGAGCCUACCACCAAUAGCCAGCUGGUGGAUACUGGGCACCAACUAUUAGAUUACUGUUCAGGUUAUGUGGAUUGCAUCCCUCAAACGCGCAACAAAUUUGCUUUCCGGGAAGCCGUGAGCAAACUGGAACUCAGCCUGCAGGAACUGCAGGUGUCCUCGAUGGCUGCUAAUCUGCCCGGAACAAAUCCUGUACUUAAUAACUUAUUGUCUUGUGUUCAAGAAAUCAGUGAUGUUGUUCAGAGGUAGCUUCUGUCAAACCAUCUGCUUUAGGAGGAAGGAAAAAAAAAAGAGUUCACAAAAUUGAGAGGAGAGUCAAGAGUGACUUCUUCUCCUAAUCAUUUUUUCCCCCUAUGUUAAUGUUUUGAAAGGAGAAGACUGAUGCUUGAGUAAGUUUUAUGUGAAGUACCUCAGAUCACUGAGCUCACAUGUUUACAGGUUCAUCUCAGUACAUGGGGCAGAUAAGAGGGAAGCCAGGUUUCACAGGGGUCAGGUGAUUGCAGCUAAGGCAGGAAAAAUGUUGAGAAUUUGCCUUGGUGAAAAAAAGUUGCAAAAAUAGAGCUUGCGCUCUUGAUCAUUUCUGGGAAGAAGGAGAUUCCAUGAAAAGGUACCUUUGGUUUGAAUAAGGUGCUUUAUUCUCUUGGAUGCUUGCCCAGUUGAUUAGAAUGACUGGACAAGAGAUGAGGUUCUUUUUCUGCACUACUCUUGUGUUUUAAUUUUCUGAGGUCCCAUCAGAAAGGCUUAGAGGUGCCAUUGGACGUCAACUACAUCUUUCCAAGAAAGAGAGGAUAAUUUUGAGGGGAAAGUCUUUUUAUAUUUAAAAAAACAAAAAAGGAUUGGCACUAUAGGAAGUGCAUGCGCCAGCCUGUCUGGUAGUCCUUCUGCAGUGCAAUUGGUUGCUGUAAUCGUAAGACACGAAACGAAAGAGCUGGAAGAUGAAAUGCAUCCCCCUUUAUCAUCCCCAUCUCAUAUUAGUCACUUACACGUUCACUCUUUCACAGCAUCUUGAAUGACAAUUUAAGCAGGCUUGCCACUGGAUUUCACACAAUCACACCUUACACUCAAAACUGCAAUCAUCACUAUGUGGGUAGCAUAGCGUGGUUAGCUAACCAAUGUCAAUCACUUGAGUUCUUUGGGGGAUAGCAUGCCCAAGAAACUCUUAAUUUAUCUCUGGCGUUGAACCUGGGUACAGUGGUGGCUUUGCUAUACCUUGAGGAGCCCUUUUGAAUUAAAAAACACUACAGAAUGCUGCUAGUGUUCUCUACAUUCCUAUUUUAAUUGUGCUUACCUUAAUGUCAUUUCUUUUUGAGAGAACUAGAGACCCGAGGCCUUCCUAUUUUCUAGUAGAACUAUAAAUUUGCUCUUGGAAAUACCAGUUCAGGUGCAUUGCUGAUAUGGAUUCUUUGUUUAGAUUUUGUGCUUUAUUUGUAGUUUCAAGACACUGCCUGCACAUGGAUUCAUUAUAAGUGAUUAGUCUGUAUAAACAUGUUGCCAUCUCCCUUCAAGUAGUCCUGUUGCAAAAUUCAUUCAUCUUCCAAAGUCAGCUUGCUAUGGGACCACUAAUUUCAAAAAUCCACUGAUGUUAAGUAAACGAUAUUGGGCUUUUUCUGUGAUUAAUGUGACUUUAAACUAGCAUUUGCACAACACGUUUGCUUCUGAAAGACAAGAGAAAUCAGGCCUCUCUUUUUUUUGUUUAUCCCAGAUCCCCUGAACUCGUUCUAUUUAUUGAAAUUCAGCAACAAACUGUUGAAAAAUGGAGCUGUGGUUUCCCAUUAUUUUUUGUUGUCAAGAAACAAAACAAGGAAGAUAUUUGAAAGGCUUAAUAAGAAAAAAUCAUGGAGACCCUGUUUGAAAUGUCUUAGGAAUCCUGAUCUUCCCACCCCACAUAACACGGUGAUAACACUUUUUUCUCCAGCCAUUGGCUACCAAUAAUUAGUUAUGGUAUGGCCUCAGUCACAAGUGGGUUCAUUUCAGCCUUAAACCAUACAUAAAUGGAAGGGUUUUUAGCCCUAUUGUCUGGAGAAGGAGAUUGAAAGCACAUUCAUACUAACCUAGAAUCCUGCCAUUAAGUUUUCCACAAAUUACACUGAACAAGCAGCAAUGCUAAAGAGCAUCCGAAGCUACUCACGUAAUAUUUAUUUGCAGUUUGUCUUUUUUCCCUUGGAUUGUGCAGUAACUAACAUUCUUAGCAUGCAGAGGGUUUAAGUAGUUUUCAAUGGGUUCCGUGGGAGUGUUCCUCCUACCUGGAAUCAUUAUUCCCAUUUUGAAUCCAAACUGCUGCACAGCCUGGGAGAAUAGUGCAUGCUGCAGAUAUCCAGUGCACAAUUUCUUCCAUUUCUGAGCAAGAAAAAAAAUAUGGAUAUCUAUGCGUGUGUCUACAAUAAUUGCAUUGACGUCCAUUUUUAUGCAGUUUUUUUUUUUCUUGAUGGCUUUUGGAAUUGGUCUCUGGUGCCCAUUGUGUCUUCAGUUACUGUUCUGCUUCCCUGAGAGAAUUCUGGAUUUGAGUUAUACUAUUUACAUGUCAGACAAGGGUUUAUAUGUUUACGUGUGCUGCUCUUAAUACAAAAUCUGUCUUAAAAAUGCAGUGGCCAUGGAACUUCAUAUUUGCCUGGGAUAGUUUAUAAAAAUCUUCCCCUCACAGAGUUCUAAUUCUGUUGUCA